CAGGCUUUUAGGCUUUCGUGUGGACAGUCUCCAGACUUUGGACUCUUCAACUGUUUGGGACAGAAAGUCUUACAGAACGUCAGCUAUUAUCCAACAUGCAACACUUAUUUCUGCUCUCUCUGGUAAUAAGCUUAUGUUGCUGCCAUCCUGCUUCAGUGUUUAUAAGGAGUAAAGUGGCUCAUGAAGUCCUCAGUCGAGCUAAGCGGGCAAACUCUGGUUGGUUUGAGGAGCUGAAGGUGGGGAACCUGGAGAGAGAGUGUAUAGAGGAGAAAUGUUCAUAUGAGGAGGCCAGAGAGGUGUACGAACACGAUGAAGCAACGAAUGAAUUCUGGAAAAACUACAAUGUUAAGAACCUCUGUCUGACGAACCCAUGCCAGAACAAUGGAAACUGCACACAGAAUAAAGAAUCCUACGUAUGUCUGUGUCCACCAGGUUUUCACGGGCGUAACUGUGAGCGUGUGAUUAAAACUACUCCUCAGUCUUGCCUCGAUAAGAAUGGCGGAUGUGAACAUUUUUGCGAGGACGGACAGGGGAGACGCAACUGUUCCUGCGCAGACGGGUAUUUCCUUGGGACAGAUGGACAAAGCUGUCUGACACACGAGGAAUUUCCUUGUGGUAAAGUGCCACUUCUCAAUGUCAACAUCACUAAAAAACAUUCGCACGACCGAAGAGCUCGAAUAGUAGGAGGGACAGAAUGUCCUAGAGGACACUGUCCAUGGCAGGUCUUGCUAAAGUAUGGUGCAAAGGGGUUCUGUGGUGGUGUGAUCUACAAGCCUACAUGGAUCAUCACAGCCUCUCACUGUUUAGAAAAGCUUGCAGUCAAGUUUCUCAAGAUAGUUGCAGGUGAGAAUGACCUUGACGUGAAUGAAGGUUCGGAACAAACUAUAGAAGUGGAGGAGAUGAUUAUGCACCCCAAUUACGUCUCAGCUACAGCAGAUAAUGACAUCGCCCUCCUCCGUCUCCGUCGGCCGAUCGUCUAUGGUACGUACACGGUACCCGUGUGCCUCCCUCGCAAAACAAUGGCAGAACGAGAACUGUGGAGAGUCCGCUUACACACUGUGAGUGGAUGGGGACGACGUGCCGAGGACGGACCGACAUCACGAUAUCUCCGGAGGCUCCAAGUGCCCCGUAUCCACACGGCAGACUGUACUAGGGAAAGCAACGUCUCGCUAACUUCGAACAUGUUCUGCGCCGGCUAUUUUGAGGGCAAAGAGGACUCAUGUAAGGGGGACAGCGGUGGACCACUUGUCACCCCUUAUGGGAAUACCACAUUUCUCCUGGGCAUUGUAAGCUGGGGCAAAGGAUGUGCCCGUCCAGGUCAAUACGGCAUUUACACACGUGUGUCCAAUUACCUGGGGUGGAUCCAGAAAAGCACAGCAGUCAACAAUUGAAAAUGUGUUAGUGGGGUCAGUGGGAAAGAUUGCCUGACCAAAUGUAUGUUUUUGUUCAUAUUAACUCACCAAUCUUAGAUUUUUUUCAGAUGGUAGCUUGCCAGUGUGGACUAUAAGCGAGAUGCACCCAGAAAACAUGAAUUCUUACACUAUCUAGUGUUGCCCGGUGCCUGACACAUCUCACGUCACAUGACUUUGAUUUAUUUUUGUUUAUAGUAAGCUUGACAGAGAGGAGUUAAACAUGAACAGAUGUGCAAAGUAGGUCACUUACAGCAAAAUGGUGCAUUACAUGAUCAUUUUAAAUGAAUUUACAUGUAAAUUUCCCUUUGGGAUGAAUAAAGUAUCUAUCUAUC